CAUACAUCCGCGCCGAAGGGACCAGAUGACGUCAUGUCUAAGUGACGCUAGACCGGGUAUGGGCUGCUUUGGACCAGGCUGCGGACGAAAGUGAGGCCUAUCUUCACUUUAAAGGACAGUGGACACGCAUGCGCGCUCCUGUCGGCUGAAGCAAAAGUCACGUGGACGCCAUGCUCACUGUGGCGGGGCUCGUGACAGGCAGAGUCCUGCAGACCCGUGCUCUUCACCUCCUCGCCAGGUGGGCUUCUCCGGCCCUUACCUGUACAACUGGGUCACGUGUGAGGAGGGUGUCGGGAGUGGGUGGAGCCAACGGCGCAGGUGGGUGGUACGGCAGCCUGUCAGACGCUGCCCCAGUUCACCUGUGUGAGAACUUCUUGGUGGGCGUGCACCAGGUGAGCGGGUUGCCAUGGUGGCUGAGCAUCGCUGUGGCAACGGUGUCUAUCAGGACCUUCAUCACCCUGCCGCUGGCCGCCUACCAGCUGAUCGUCAUCGCCAAGGUGGAGGCGCUGCAGGUGGAGAUCUCUGAGCUGGCCAGGAGGCUUCGAUAUGAAGUUUCAGUCCGCGGCAGAGAGAGAGGCUGGACGGACAAUCAGAGCAGGGUCCAGUUCAAGAAGAACCUGCGGCGUCUGGUUUCUCAGCUCUACAUCCGGGACAACUGUCACCCGUUUAAGGCCAGCCUGCUGGUCUGGGUCCAGCUGCCGCUCUGGGUCAGUCUGUCUCUGGCUCUACGGAACCUCAGCUUGGACCGGCCAGCCCUCCAGGGCGAGCUGGCGGCAGGCGGCGCGCUCUGGUUCUCCGACCUCACGGUACCGGACUCCACCUGGAUCCUGCCGGUGUGCCUGGGCCUCGCCAACCUGCUCAUCGUGGAGGUGUUUUCUUUGCAGAGAGCCGGAGCGUCGGGUUUCCAGCGGCUGGUUCUGAACGGGUUCAGAGGGUUCUCCGUCUUGAUGAUUCCCAUCGCCGCCUCCGUCCCUUCUUCCAUGGCGCUGUACUGGUUCUGCUCUAGUCUGGUUGGGUUCAGUCACAACCUCCUACUUCGCUCACCGACGGUCCACAGAACCCUCCGGCUGCCAACCCAGAGAUCCGACACUCCGUACAGAGACCUGCUGUCGGCCUUUAUCAACAAGUACUGGAAGUAGGAACCACCUUCCCAGGUUCUACAGAGUUCCUCGUUCAGUACCGCCCUGGGUUCUACUCUCAAAAACUCUGCAGCGUCCUCCUCGUUCUUGGUUCUGAUGGAACUCUAACAGAGGAGCUUCGUGUGGGACUCUUUGAAUGUUCUGAUGACAAUAAAGUUCUGUAGCUGUGUUCUCCUGAUAAAUGUCACGUUCUGUCUAUGGUUCUGUUGAAAUGUUCUGUUUUAAAGUACGUUUUGUUAAAACUCUGCUGUA